AUGGCGUCGGGCCGGGCCCGCUCCACGCGGAAGCUGCGCCAAUGGACCGUGGAGCAGGUGGAGAGCGGUCGGUUCCCGGGGCUGGUCUGGGACGACCCCCCCGCCAAGACCAUGUUCCGCAUCCCCUGGAAACACGCCGGCAAGCAGGACUUCCGCCAUGACGAGGACGCGGCCUUCUUCAAGGCCUGGGCAGAGUACAAGGGCAAGUACCGGCCGGGCGAGCGGCUGGACCCGGCGGGCUGGAAAACCCGCCUGCGCUGCGCCCUCAACAAGAGUCCCGAGUUCGAGGAGGUGCCCGCGCGCUCCCAGCUCGACAUCGCCGAGCCCUACAAGGUGUACCGCCUGGUGCCGCCCGCCGAGCAGCGCCCCGCUAAGCUGCCAGCCCGGAGGGUCCCCCGGCAGGUGAAGAAGGAGCACCCCGACUCCUCCUCGGAGGGGGAUGAAGUGGGGACCAGCGGGGGGGCUGCCCAGGCCCCCCUCACCCUGGAUAUGGUCAGCAUGGAAGUGAUGUCGGGGUUGGAGCCCACGGCCGGCGCCUCCCAGAGUUCAGAUGAUUCUGGCAUCGAGACCAGCGAGUGCUGCCCUGACGCCGGGGUCCCAUCCCCAGAUCUGAAUGAGAUCGUCAUUAACGUCCCGCUGGAGUCGGGGGCCCUCCUGCCCCCCACGGAUGAGUACUCGGUGCUGCUGUCCGUGUGGUACAGUGGGGAGCUAGUGUGGCAGCAGCAGCUGCCCAAUGGCGAUUUCCUGGUGACCCCCACGCCCGCGCCUGCGCCCCACGCCCCAAGCUUUAUGCAGCGGGUGCUGCUGCCCCCUGCUGAGGGGGUGCGGGACCCCCACAAGCGCCAGGCCACACAAGAGCUGCUGGGGGCACUGGCCAAGGGGGUGAUGGUGGCCAGUUACCCCCAGGGGCUCUUCGUCCGGCGCCGCUGUCGGGGCCGGGUGUACUGGAGGGGCUCCGGGGCGCCCCCCUCCACCCCCAGCAAGCUGGAGAGAGAUGACGUCAUGCAGGUCUUCAGUGAGGCAGCCUUCCGCCAAGCGCUGCAGCUGUACCGGAAGGGCCAGGGCGCCCAGCCAGAGCCCCACGUCACCCUAUGCCUGGGCGAGGAGCUUGGCCAGCAGGACGGCCCUGCGGACAAGCUCAUCAUCAUCCAGAUGGAGCAAGCCUUCGCCCGGAAGCUGCUGGACAUGCCCGAGGUGGAGAUGGCAUCCGUCUGCCUCCUCUCCCUGGAGCCCUCCUGUCUCUUCAGCCCAAUCUGA